CCGGAAGUGGAUAUGUAGUAGGUUUGACCUCGCUUUCCCCCCGCCCCCCCCUCCUCUGGUUGGGUGACCUCCUCCCCCUCUCCCUGAGGCGCCGUGACAAUGGGAGCAGCAGGUACAGGGACUCUGUUCACCUUGGCUUUGUUAGCCAUUACACAAGCUGCCACUGUUAAACACUAUUUGUCAGAUUCUGAUAUUGAAAGAUUAGCGCAAACUUUAAAACAACCUUAUAUUAAUUUGGAGAAUGCCUAUUACACCAUAGUUGGCUUGCAAAAGCUUGGGGAUCAAGUACCAGAUGAACAGGCCGCUUGCAACUUUUUGAAAUCACAAGUAGAUUCCAGAAAUGUUGAUUCUCUUUUCUACGCUGCUGAAGCAAGUCAAGCCCUCUCUAAUUGUGAAAUUAAAGUCAGCAAUGAAACUCGAGAUCUCUUGUUGGCAGCUGUGAGCGAUGAUUCUUCAAUUACCCAGAUUUACCACGCAGUUGGAGCUUUGAGUAAUUUUGGCCUUCCUGUGGCAUCUCGGGAUGUUCUUGCAGCCCUUUCUGCUCACAUUUCUAAGGAUGAUGGAUCCUUGGGAAUUAUCCAUGCAUUGUUUGCAGCUUCUUACCUAUCUCAGCAGGCUAAUCUAAGGAGCAUUCUGGAAGAGAUUGAGGAUCUGGUUGCACGUCUUGAUGAUUUGGGAGGCAUUUAUCUUCAAUUCGAAGAAGGAUUAGAAACAACUGCAUUGUUUGUGGGUGCAGCAUAUAAGCUUUCUGACCAUGCUGGAACAGAGCCCGCAAUCAAAGAGGAUCAAGUCAUUCAGCUUGUUAAUGCUGUAUUCAGUAAGAAACAUUUUACCACAAUGUCCGAGGCUUUCAGCAUUGCCUGUGCUGCUGCAGCUUUGUCCCAUAAUCAGUACCAUAUUCCAAUCAUUGUGGUAGCUGAAGGAAUUGCUUCUGUUUCGCACAAGAAGCCCAACCUAAAGUUGCGUGUGACAAAUAUUUUGUCUGAGAGUCUGACUUCAGCUGAUGUUCAGCUUGAAAAUGCCAAGUCUACUUUGACAAAAAACACAGUUCUUCAGCAAACAUCCUUUGCUUUGAAAGGUGAUAUCUUUGAAUUAAAUUUUAUGGAGAUAAAGCCACCAAGUGGAUAUUAUGACUUUUCUAUCAAUGUGGAGGGUGAUAGCCGAUUUAUAGGAAACCACAUCGAGAUCAAAGUCAAGGUUGCCACUGAAGUCGAUAUCACUAAUGUUGACCUCUCAGUAGUUGACAGGGAUCAAAGCAUUUCACCAAAGACCACCAGGGUGACUUAUCCGUCAAAAGCCAAGGGGCUUAUUACUGCUGACAGUCACCAGAGCUUUGCGUUAUCAUUCCAAUUGACAGACGUGAAUACUGGCACUGAGCUUACUCCACAUCAAACUUUUGUACGUCUCUACAAUCAGAAGACUGAUCAGGAGGUCGUAUUUGUGGCUGAACCAGAUAGUAAAAAAGUGUACAAGUUUGACCUAGAUGUGGCAGAGAGAAAAUCUGAAUUUAAUUCAGUUUCUGGAACCUAUUCCCUUUUUUUGAUCAUUGGAGAUGCAACAAUUGAAAACCCAAUUCUCUGGCACCUGGCUGAUGUUGCAAUUAAGUUUCCUGAUGAAGAGGCUCCAACUCCUGUGCAGACUCAGAAUGUCUUUGCCCCCAAGCCUGAAAUUCAGCACCUGUUUCGAGAGCCUGAAAAGAAGCCACCCAUUGCAGUCUCAAAUACUUUCACUGCCCUUGUUCUAGCACCCCUCUUACUGCUUAUAAUUCUGUGGAUCAAACUUGGUGUCAACAUCUCUAAUUUCACCUUUUCUCCGAGCACCAUUAUCUUCCAUUUGGGCCAUGCUGGAAUGUUGGGACUCAUGUAUGUAUACUGGACUCAACUGAACAUGUUUCAGACCCUGCAGUAUCUUGCUAUACUUGGCAGCAUCACAUUCUUUGCUGGAAACAGAAUGUUAGCUCAGAAGGCAGUAAAAAGAUCAGGGAAUUGAUAGAAGUUCAUGAAGAGGAAAUCUCUGAAGCUGAAAAAGAUUCCUGAAGCUUGAAGAUGUGCCACCAGAUUUUGAAACCUGAUUGUAAAUUCCUUCUUGAAGUGGUGAAGAUAUUUUUGUUUUUUUUUAAAGUGCACUGAUGUAUGGUCCAUGUGAGGCCAAUUCUGAUUUUUUUCAAGUAAUUGGGUACAUCUCAAGAGAUUGCUGGCUUCCCUUAUGGUCCUAUCUCGUACAUGUUUUGUAAUAUCAGUUAUGUUUUCUGCAAUAAACCUGAGCAGGAAAUAAAA